UCCUUCCCACCCUGGGAUCUGCCCCUUCCAGCUGGGGCUGGUCCCACCUGCCCUGCUCGUGUUCCCCUGGAUCCUGCAGCAGCAGCAGCCUGGAAUUAUGGAAUGGUCCCGUUGUGCGAGGCCAACUCUCCAGGCAGCUCUCCAGGCACUGCAGCCUUCCAGGAAGCUCCUGGCUCAGCCUUCCCGUUCCCGAGCCUUCAGAACCAGAGCAGAACCCCAAAAAACCCAUGUCCUCCUCCGAGCCCAUCCUGGACAUCAAGGGAGACACGGCAGAAGCACUUCCAGAGAACCUGGGAGGAACAGGGCAGCAGAGCUCCUGCCCACCACGGGACACUGCAGGGAGUGGACAAUCCCUGGAACACACGGAGCCAACGCCAGCAGUCUCCGAGGACGCUGCGGAGCCGAGGGAGAGCCCCGGGAGGACGCAGGAGCCGCCUGAGCCCGGGAAUGCCGCGGGAUCCGGGGAGCCCGGCCCGGGCAGGGCCGCUCAGCCCGGGGGGAACGAGCCCGGCCCGGGCAAGGCCGCCCGGCCUGAGGGGAACGAGCCCCGCCCCGGCAGGGCCGCCCAGCCCGGGGCACAGCAGCCCAGCCCCAGCCGGUCCCCGCCGUGGCCUGAAGCCCCCGAGGAAAGCCCAGCCCGGCCCAGCACCCUGGACUUGGGCAGCUCCCUGGGGAGGCUGCAGGAGCUGAAGCAGCGGCGGGGCAACGACCGGGCCGCGCUCAGGGACAACGGCCUGGAGGCCACCAUGGGCAAGGCCACUGCCACCACCAUGGCCAACAUGGCCACUACCACGGCCACCACCACAACCACCAUGGCCACCACCACAGCCAGCAGCACAGCCACCUCCACAGCCACCAUGGCCACCAACAUGGCCACCACCUCAGCCACCACCACAGCCACCACUGCCACCACCACAGCCACCACCAGGGCCACCUCCACGGCCACCACCACUGUCACCACCACGGGCAGCAGCGAGGAGCGCCAGGCCCUGCAGUCAGAGCUGGGCAAGUGCAUCGAGGAGUUCCGCAGGAUCAGGAUCCCGGCCGCCUUUCCCAACAAGAAGCGGCAGUGGCAGAGCGAGCUGCUGAGGAAGUACCAGCUGUGAGAGCAGAGCCGGCUCACAUCCAGGAAUGAUCUCUCCAGGCUGGAGGGUGGCUGGCCCAGCGUGGCUCCCAAAGCGAGGAGCAGAGGUGGCUCGUGGAGCCCAUGCCAAUGUUGAAAGGGUCACAGGCCUGUCCCCACCUCAGCCAUGGAGGGGAUGCUCCACAGCCUCAGGGGCACAGGCACAGCUGGAGGCGGUAGGACAAGGAAGGAUGUCCAGGGUGGUGUUCAGUACCUGCAGAAAUCCCCACAUUUCUGAGACUGAG